GAACCAAAUCACUCACUCACUCACUUGGCUUCCUCUCUUCCAAAUCGGCAAAUCGGAUUUUGUGCUCUGGAUAGAUAAAAACCCUAAAAGUCCCUCCGAGCUUACUUUUAGAAGAUGGACAUCGAACAGAAGCAGGUGGAAAUAAUCGAUCUAUUCGUUAAACGAGCUUCUGUAUCCAAAGGCGAUGAUCUUGCAUCUAUCCUACUAGAAGCUACUUCGCAUUCUUGGCUUUUCGCCUUCUCCGAGAUUUUGGCUCUGCCUUGUGUUGCCGAGCUUAAAGGGACCACUAACUCUGUAUACCUCGAUGUACUACGGUUAUUCGCACAUGGCACAUGGAGUGAUUACAAAUGCAACACUGGUUGUAUUUCCCAAUUGGUUCCUGUUCAAGUUCUUAAGCUGAAGUUGCUCACUGUCCUUACUCUGGCGGAGGUAAACAAGGUAUUGCCCUAUGAUUUACUGAUGGCCGAGUUAGAUAUCUCCAACAUACGUGAGCUCGAAGAUUUUCUUAUCAACGAAUGCAUGUACGCUGGUAUAGUUAGAGGAAAACUUGAUCAGUUGAAAAGAUGCUUUGAGGUACUAGCUUUUUUCACAUUCCAAUUGUAUGAUCCUUGUGCUUUUUGUUAGAUCUACCAGCAACUCUUGAACCAGUAUAUCCCAGCUGGUAGAGAUCUAAGGCCUGGCCAGCUUGGGAAUAUGAUUCAUACACUGGAAAAUUGGUAACUUGUUAUAUAUCACUGCCCUUCUGUUGAGAUUUUAUGUGAGAGUCCCUUCUCAUGAACUAUUUUUUGUUGCCUUAAUGUUGGAGUCAGUUUAUAUAUGUGUGUGCACGUAAUUGAUGUUUAGGUUGAGUACAUCAGAAGAUCUGCUGGUUUCAAUUCAAGAUAAGAUAAAAUGGGCUGACAAUAUGAGUGAAGUGGACAAUAGAAAUCGAAAGGAAGUAGAAGAGAGGGUGGAAGAAGUGAACAAGUCAAUUUCCAUGAAGAAGUUGCACACUGUGGGCAGGCCGACGUUGAAUUCAGAGGGCAGUAAGAGAUAUUUGGUGAACCAAGUGGAGUGAUGGACUAUGAGGAGGACCGAAGCAGGCCCAAGAGGAGGAGGCAUCCGAUGCCAUGAAACAAGGUGGGAGAGAGAAGAGAGACAUGGGUAAUCUACUUUACUUGUUGAGAUAGAGUGAGGUAGUGAUAUCUGAUUUUGCGGGAGCAAUGUAAAGCCCUUUAGCUACCUGACUUUUUUGCCACUCGCAAGUAUGAACCUGACUUUUGUGUGAUGAAAGAUUCGUAGUUAGCUGUUGAAUUGAAGAAGUUGAUGUCUCGUCAUAGGUUUUGAUGCCUGAAUUGCUGGAAGAAAAGAGAAAUUAAGAAUGAAGUGAAAGGCUCUAUGUUUUACA